CGUAUUCAAUCCUCUCUCACAUACAAACACACACUCUCUCUCUCUCUCUAGAAUUUCUUGAUCUUUGAUUCAAUCUCAUAUACAAAUAAUGGGUGAAUUAGAUAAGGUGUUGCUUAACAAUGGCAAUGGGUUCUCUAAAGUGCAUUGUGAACCUACAAAUCAGAAGGAAAGUAAUGAUGAACAGAAAGAGGAUUCUUGGUUUGAAGAAGAACUUGAUGCUGAUCUCAAAUGGUCUUUUGCUUUGAACAGAGUUCUGCACAGAGGAACCAGUGAGUACCAGGACAUAGCCCUUCUGGACACAAAACGAUUUGGCAAGGUGUUGGUGAUUGAUGGGAAGAUGCAAAGUGCAGAAGUUGACGAAUUUAUUUAUCAUGAAUCUUUGAUUCAUCCUGCUCUCUUAUGUCACUCUAACCCCAAAACUGUGUUUAUAAUGGGAGGGGGAGAGGGCUCUGCAGCAAGAGAAGCACUAAGACACAAAUCCAUUGACAAAGUGGUUAUGUGUGAUAUUGAUCAGGAAGUAGUUGAUUUUUGCAGAAAGCAUCUUACAGCAAAUCAAGAGGCUUUCCGUAAUAUCAAACUUAAUUUAGUGAUCAAUGACGCCAAAGCCGAAUUGGAAGAUAGGGAUGAAAAGUUUGAUAUAAUAGUGGGAGAUUUAGCAGAUCCAGUUGAAGGAGGGCCAUGCUAUCAACUAUACACAAAGUCUUUCUAUGAAAAUAUUCUAAAGCCUAAACUCACUGACAAUGGCGUCUUUGUUACUCAGGCUGGACCAGCAGGGGUGUUUACUCAUAAGGAGGUCUUCUCAUCAAUAUACAACACAAUUAAACAAGUUUUCAAAUAUGUUCUUGCAUACACAGCUCAUGUGCCAUCAUUUGCUGAUAUAUGGGGAUGGGUUAUUGCUUCUGAUCAGCCACUCUGCAUUGAAGCUGCAAAGUUGGAUAAGAAAAUUUCAGAAAGAAUUGAUGGAGAAUUGCUGUACUUGAAUGGAGCAUCAUUUGUCUCCUCCACCAUUCUAAACAAGACCAUUACCAAAACGUUAAAGAAUGAGACCCAUAUCUACACAGAGGACAAUGCAAGGUUCAUCCAUGGCCAAGGUGUUGCAUACAGGAUUUAAGGUUGUCUUGGUGGGGUAGGGGUGGGGUUGGGAGUUUUAGGGUCUUAUUUCUAUACUAUAGGCAAGAAGCAGAACAAAACCUUAGCACUUGUAAGAAGCUAUUGGCUUUUAGACAGUAUAUAUGCUACUAGGCUUCUUCUGGUUGUAGGAUUCUAGCUAGCUCUAUUUUACCAUUUCAUGUAAUGCUGAAAAAUUAUAAGGCAUUCCUCUAUCAAGCUUUCUAUUUUAUAUUUUGGAUC